UCAAACCUAUUUUUAUUGAUCAAACAUUAUGUGAUAGGUGUUAUCCAGACUGUGAAGAAUAUAAGAAACCUUGUAAUAAUUUGUGCAUAGAAUAUUAUUUUAGAAAACCAGAACCAGAGUUUAAAAUAGAACCAAAAGAUUUAGUCAAUAUUCAAUAUCUUACAGAUGGAGAAAUUUUAUCUGUCUACAAAGCAAUAUGGCUUAAUAGAUAUCCCUGUAGAAAUAAUAGAAUAAGACUUCAAAGGAGAUCUACUAUAGUUGUACUUAAAACGCUUAGCUCUUUUAAUGAAGCAACAAGUAUUAUAGAUGAAACAAAUCAUGUUGCCGCAGUAAUAGAUUUUUAUAAAGAUGAAAAUUUGCGAAAUCUUCUUCAAAAGCAAGAAUUCACUUAUAUGGAUUAUACACCAAAAUUUUUGGCAGAAAUUAUAAAAAGAUAUUGGGAUAAUGACUCUGAUAAAUGUCUAAGUAUAAAUGAAAUACUUAAUUAUAUUAGUGAUAACUUACUUAAUUCUGAACCUAAAAUUAUAGAAUAUGGAGAAAAGUAUAAUAACAGUAAUAACAGAAAAAAAAAGCAAGCUCAAAUAAAAGAAUAUGUUAGUAUAUCCCUUUCAAGAUUUAUACCACAUUUUAUAGCUUUUACACAACAAGAGAAAUAUAAGAGCAUGCAUCUUGCUAAUAGAGGAUUUUUAUCUGUCUAUACUGCAAAAUGGCUUGAUAGUUAUCCCUAUGGAUCUAGUAGAUUAAGACUUCGAAAAAGACUAGUUACUGUAGUACUUAAAAUACUUAUGCCUGGUAUUCACAUGGAAAAUGAGAUAUUAUUUAUGAUAACACUUUAUGAAGCACAGAUUCUUUCUGCUAUGCCAUUAAUUUUUCAGAAUGAAAGUUUUGGAUUUACUAUAGUUCUACAAAUAGGGUUUGCUAUAGUAAUGAAGUUUUGUGAAGAUAGAAGUUUAAGAAAUUUUCUUCAAAAUAAAAGGCUCAAGUGGGAUAAAAGAAUCUGUAAAAUUAAUGCAAUAAUAUUGGAUGAUAACCCAAAGAAAUGUCCAAAUACUUCUGAAAUUUUGGAUGAAUCUGGAAGUUGGUUGAAAUCUGAUGAAACUAGAUCAGAAAUAACUUAA